UGGGACGUUAUAUAAUUUUCUUUCGAACAAAAGAAGUGUUGAGAGUCGAAGUGAAGGGGGCCGAUAUAAUUUAAUAUUCAGGUUUCUGUGGCGCUCGUCCGGUAGCGAUUUCAAUAAUUUUCAGACCGGAAUUCAAUAGCUGUGUUUUGAACCGAGGUGCCAGUUCAUAGAAUUAGAACUCUCGUUUGUGUUUUGCGUGUAUCCCGCGCCUAAACAAAUAUGCGACAAAUAUCUGUCGAGCACAAUAAUAAAUACCGUUAUAUACGUAUACCGUUAUAUUAUUAAUAUUUCAUUACUUGUAUUUUGAUUGCAAAGUGAUGUUAGUUUUGUUUGUACAUGUAUAGUAUAUAAUAUAUUUAUAUGUAUGUACAUAUGUAUGUUAUUUAUGUUUGUUACUUUUACUCCUUAGUAGAGCUGGCCAGAGAAUUUGUCGGAUGUUUAUGACACAAUACAUUGAUCAAAAUAGUUUCCCAGUGAGCAUUAGUGAGAGCAUGAGUUCUUUAAGAAGACUUUUUGUAAACCUCAUUAACAUUUUCUAAAAACGAUAUCAAUAAGUUAUCUUUUCAUAAGAUGUCUUUCAAGAAAGCUCUUUAUGAUACCUUCCGUGCAAUCGUGCCUCGCGCGGUUAUUUGCGACCAUUUACUUUCAUAUGGCGAAAGGUAUAGCGCUACAUUGUACGCAGAAAUAUUUAUAAAAUACAAAGAAUUACUAUAUAUAGAGAGAGAAUUACUCUUAAAGAGAGAAAGAACUUUGGCACUAUUUUUCGGUCUCACUCGGCUUUUAUUUUUUCCUAUAAUGUGUUAAUAAAGUUCACUGAGUGGAACAUAACCUGACUAGAAGAGACUAGGAAGAGGGGUAACAAGAAGGAAACAAGAGAAGCUUGUCGAAAUGACAUGAACAAAAUUACACGAUUAUUGGUUACAAUCCAACAAUUGUUGUUAGAUGUCCAUCCCCAUUCUUCACAAGAGAAUGCAAUAAAUUUCAAUUUACCGAUUGGAACGCAUGAAGCACUAAAGGAAUUUAAUAAAUUGUUAACACAAGACUCGGUAUCUUUAUUGCAAUAUAAGAAAUUAAUUAGAACUACAGGAGGAAAACAUCCAGAACAACAUAAGUCAUUAUCAGUGGUAGUGGAAACAGUAUUUCUUCCCAUUCUAUCCAAACAGUUAUUAAAAUCUGGCUACGGCAUGCUGGAGAUCAGAUCAAUCAAAAUACCAAACGACAUGAAUUGAAGAAAUGAAAUGUUUAGAAAAAUAGUAGAGAAAAAGUAGCGGAUCUACUUAGUCGCUCAGUGAGCGAUUGUAUUACUGAAUGCACCAUUAAUUUUUUUAAUAUUUGAUUUUGACUAAUAUUUGAUUUUGUUUAUCGGUAAAUUUUUAAAAAAUGUUUAAAAGUGAUAUUGAAAUUUUCUUUAUAUUAUUGUCAUGAUUUUAUUUUUCACGUGUGUGCAAUAUAGCAAGUAUUCAAAUGAAAUUAAAAGUUUAAUUAAAAUUUUAAUAUAA